AUGCUGACCAGAUCAAAUCCAAGCGUAUCCUCUGGUGAGAACUACUACUACGGGCAGCCAACGACAGGGCCCGUGGUGAACGACCCCAUUCCGGUCCCCGCGCCGUUGAUGGUGAUGUACCCCAGUCGGCCGUCCUGGGGCACGGGUCCACCCGUGCCCGUAAGGCUGCCUCCGAUCUCGUCGCUGGUGGGUCCGCCCGCCAGCUACGUGCCGGCAAGCGGGGUUCCGCAGCGGCCGCCACGGAUGAUGGUGGCUGGCGAGCAUGCGUGUGCUGGCGCUGGCGCCGGUGCAGCACCAGCGCCCGCUGCGAACUCGCUGGAUCCUGCCGUGAGACUGCGUAAGCAGUGUCCCGUGUGCGGCAAGAUCUGCUCGCGUCCGUCCACGCUCAAGACGCACUUCCUUAUCCACACGGGCGACACUCCGUUCAAGUGCACCUGGGCGAACUGCAACAAGUCGUUCAACGUUAAGUCGAACAUGUUGAGACAUUUGAAGAGUCAUGAGAGGAAACUUGCCAAGAAACAGGCUAAGAGAGUCUCUUUGUAG